CGGCUGCCGGCGCUGCUGCCGCCGGAGAAGGCUGCGUGCCGGCGGCGGGCGAGGGGCUGCGCGCGGAGAGCGGCGCUCGCCGGGAGAGAACACUGUGCCAAAAAAGACUUCUGCUCAGAUGACAUCACAUUUGGACUACUAAAGCUAUCCACCCACUCUUCAAGGCAUAAUGGAUUUCUAGGUAAUUUAACAAAUGCAGUGUGAAGCCCAUUCCUUCAUUUGCAGAAACCUCUGGAAAGUUAUUUGGAUGCUAUAUAUUGAAUGUUGGUGAAAUUAGUUGAAAAUUUAAUGCUUUUCUGUAAAAGAGGAUACUCCACAUUAUUCUUGAGAAGAACCAGCGUUUCAUCUCUAAACCAUACACUUUAACAAGUCCCAAAGUAUAAAAGGCAAACGUACAAAUGUCUACCACAAGACUAAAGUGUGCUAUGUUAUGUUUUUUACCAUAAGCACCCAUAAAAUGAGCUCCAUUGCAGACAGAAAUGAUGGAAGCAUUUUUGAUGGUCUGGUGGAAGAAGAUGACAAAGAUAAAGCGAAAAGAGUGUCUAGAAACAAGUCUGAAAAGAAACGUCGAGAUCAAUUUAAUGUUCUUAUCAAAGAGCUGGGUUCCAUGCUUCCAGGUAAUGCUCGGAAGAUGGAUAAAUCCACUGUACUACAGAAGAGCAUUGACUUUUUACGGAAGCACAAAGAAAUUACUGCACAAUCAGAUGCCAGUGAGAUACGACAGGACUGGAAACCAACAUUCCUUAGUAAUGAAGAGUUCACACAGUUAAUGUUAGAGGCUCUUGAUGGUUUUUUUUUAGCAAUUAUGACAGAUGGAAAUAUAAUAUAUGUAUCUGAAAGUGUAACUCCUUUACUUGAACAUUUGCCAUCUGAUCUUGUGGAUCAGAGCGUAUUUAAUUUUAUCCCAGAGGGGGAACAUUCAGAAAUUUAUAAAAUUCUGUCUUCUCAUCUGCUGGAAAGUGAUUCAUUGACACCAGAAUACUUAAAAUCAAAAAAUCAGCUAGAAUUCUGUUGCCAUAUGCUGCGAGGAACAAUAGACCCAAAAGAGCAACCUACAUAUGAAUAUGUAAAAUUUAUAGGAAAUUUCAAGUGUUUGAAUAAUGUUCCCAAUUCAGCACACAAUGGUUUUGAAGGAACUAUUCAGCGGUCGCACCGACCUUCAUAUGAAGACAAAGUUUGCUUUAUAGCCACAGUUAGAUUAGCUACACCUCAAUUUAUCAAGGAAAUGUGCACUGUUGAAGAACCCAAUGAAGAGUUCACAUCUAGACAUAGCUUAGAAUGGAAGUUCCUAUUCUUGGAUCACAGGGCACCUCCAAUAAUAGGCUAUCUUCCAUUUGAAGUUUUGGGAACAUCAGGCUAUGAUUAUUAUCAUGUGGAUGAUCUAGAUAAUCUGGCAAAAUGUCAUGAGCAUUUAAUGCAAUAUGGGAAAGGGAAGUCGUGUUAUUACAGAUUCCUUACAAAGGGACAGCAAUGGAUUUGGCUGCAAACACAUUACUAUAUCACGUAUCACCAGUGGAAUUCCAGGCCAGAGUUUAUUGUAUGUACGCACACAGUUGUCAGUUACGCAGAAGUCAGAGCAGAAAGGCGGCGAGAACUUGGUAUUGAGGAGUCUCUUCCAGAGAUAAAAGCAGAUAAAAGUCAGGACUCUGGAUCUGAUAAUCACAUAAACACAGUGAGCCUGAAAGAAGCUCUGGAAAGGUUUGAUACCAGCCCCACACCUUCCGCUUCCUCCAGGAGUUCAAGAAAAUCUUCACAUACUGCAGUAUCAGAUCAUUCGUCGACACCAACUAAAAUGACAGUGGACACUAGCACUCCCCCAAGACAAAGUUUAUCUGCUCAUGAAAAGUCUACACAAAGAAGAUCAUCUCUGAGUAGUCAGUCUUUAAGCUCCCAGUCUCUUGGGCAACCAGUAACACAGCCAACGAUGUCUCAGCCUGCUACUUUACAGCUCCAGUCCAGCAUGUCCCAGCCUGUCUUUCAGUUUUCAGCUCAAUUAGGAGCUAUGCAGCACCUAAAGGACCAGCUGGAGCAGAGAACACGCAUGAUAGAGGCAAAUAUUCAUCGGCAGCAAGAAGAGUUGCGGAAAAUUCAAGAACAGCUUCAGAUUGUCCACGGUCAAGGACUUCAGAUGUUCUUGCAGCAGUCAACUUCUGGACUAAACUUCAGUUCUGUGCAGCUUACAUCUGGAAAUUCUUCAAGUGUUCAGCAACUUGCACCAGCAAACAUGCAAGGUCAGGUUGUUCAAACUAAUCAGACCCAAAGUGGAAUGAACACAGGACAUACAAGUACACCACACAUGAUCCAGCAACAGCCUUUGCAGAGCUCUGCGUCACAGCAUAAUCAACAAAACGUACUUAGUGGACACGGUCAACAAUCUUCUCUUGCCAGUCAGUCACAGAACACAGUCUCAACACCUUUGUAUAACACUAUGGUCAUUUCUCAGCCAACAACAGGAAAUGUGGUUCAGGUUCCUUCUAGCUUACCACAGAACAAUAACCAGAAUGCUGCUGCAGUAACUACUUUUACACAAGAUAGACAAAUCAGAUUUUCUCAAGGUCAGCAGCUUGUAACAAAACUUGUCACAGCCCCAGUAGCGUGUGGAGCGGUAAUGGUACCAAGUACUAUGUUUAUGGGACAGGUGGUGACAGCUUAUCCCACUUUUGCUGCCCAACAGCAGCAGCCACAGACUUUGCCAGUAACACAGCAACAGCAGCAGCAGCAGCAGCAGCAGCAAAGUCAGCAAGACCAGCAGCAGCAGCAGCAGCUCACUGCAGUUCAACAACCAGCUCAGCCACAGCUGACCCAGCACCCGCAACAGUUCCUACAGACAUCCAGGUUACUUCACGGGAAUCAGUCAGCUCAGCUUAUCCUCUCUGCUGCUUUCCCACUACAGCAAAGCACUUUUACUCAGUCCCACCACCAGCAGCACCAAUCGCAGCAGCAGCUCUCACGGCACAGAACUGACAAGAUGACGGAUCCUUCCAAAGCGCAGCCGCAGUAGCUGGGGGCUCUGCCUCUCCUGGAAGCCAGCUACCAGGAGGGGGCUGCUCCAUAACCACUUGCACUGAAGUUGCAGAGGUAGCAGUACAAAGCCUUUCUAACGCUCUGCGGUAUUGAGACCUACAGCUAACUUCUGGAAUCUGUUGAGGAAAACCACCAGGUGAUGGCAGGGAUGUGGCCAACUUUGAUCGUUGUCCCAGUUUCUGUGCUCUAAAAGGUUUGCUGCCAUGUGUUAAUUUGUCCAGGUGAAAUCAAAAAAUGUGACUGAAAUGAGAGGGAUGCUGAAAAUAUUGGUAUUUUUUAUCAGUUCUGUACAUUUUUAAAGUAUUAAAAUGGACACAGAGCAAUUGUUUGAUUUAGCAGAAAAAAUGCCAGGAAUAUAGUCCGACAAACAUCUAAUUUUUUCAGAUGAUUAUGGGACAGUAAAUAUUCUGAAAAUGUUGUGUGAAAUCCAGUUCUCUGUUGUACAGAUGCUGUAAAAUAUUGUGUAUAUGUCUGCAUAAAAGGAGAAAGAGCAAAAUAUUUUAUAUGAUGCAUGAAAUGUAAUCUGUUAUUUGUAGGUUUGAAUAUGUUUCCCUAAAUUUUCACGCCAUACUCAGACUGAUGUUUUCCUUUGUUCUGCCCCUUUGUUUACAACAUGCUGCAUCAUUACUUUCACCCUCAGUGUGGGCACAGGUCUCUCGUUUGUGCUUUGUCUGUGAUGUCACAGUCUGUUCGGUGAGGUAUGGUGUGUUGGUUAGUUGACUUCUCGAGGUUAAAUUAUUGACGAAGCCGUUUGAACUGGUGAUCGUGCAUCAGGGUUCAGGGUGUUCAGAUUCAUGAGUAUCAUCCAUCGUUUCAUACCUAAUUCAUUUUAUUUGAAAAAAAAAAAAAUAGGAAUUUGCACUGCUUCCUUGCGGAUGGUUUGGAAUUUUAUUCCCCAAAGCUAUCUUUUGAUAUAGUUCAUAGUUGGAAAUAUUUAUGUAAAAUGUUAAAAAAAAAAAAAAAAAAAAAAAAAAAGACGGUAAUUUUCAAGAAUGUUUCAGUUAUAGGAGUAAUUUGCACAAAAAAUAUAUUUACAUUUAAUAACCUUUUGGGCACUUUUUAACCACUUUCUCUGUGGUGAGAAUUGUAACUUGUUAAAAUAUGUUGGAAUCUUUUUAUUCUCAUUCAAAAAUUAGAUCUUUCUUUAGUCAGAACUAAUUCAGGGUCAUUUUAACAACAACAGAAAAACCCAUAGUGCCUUGAUUUUAAUUCAGGUGAUAAUGUUGAACAUCUUGACUUACAGUGUCUCGAAUCUGUAACCAUUCUCAAUUUUGAAGUCUUAGUACGUUGUCAGCCAAACUCGUGUAUCUACUUCAUAGCUGUUUCUGCAUCGUGAUCAUCUCAAUAACAAUCUGAGUUGAGAACGUGAGCGUUUUUGAGUGCUGCUCCCCCUCAAACACUAAGUCAGAAACUGAGGAGUCUCAGCAAUCUCAGACCUUGAAGGUAUGGUUCUUGAAGAUGUAAAAGCAGACAGUGCUCCUCUAGCGGGAGCAGGAAGGGUAACCUGAUUUGAAAUAAUAAGAGUCAUUUAAAACCAUUUCUGUAGUGUUUAGAGUAUGUCUUGGGGGAGAUCAUGGUAGAUUUAGGAGAUAUCACUGAACUAAGACUUCAGAAGGCAACUUCACUUUAUAAAGAAAAUAAAAAGUUCCAACAGAUAUGAUGUGCUAUUUUAGGUAGGGUUUUAUGGUACUAGUUUGAGAAAACCACAACUUUAGAGGCAAAUAAACAAACACAGAUAGAUCUGAGAAUUAAAAUAAAACAGCAAAAGCAGUUAAAAUUAGUAGUAGGGAGAGAAAGCUGGAUUAAUCUUGAAUACUGAGGAGGAGUUGAAUGAAUGUAACCAAAUGGUGACGGACUGUUUUGUACUCUGGAACAGUUUGAUUGUAUUACUGGGCGAGCCAAACCCACAGGAGGGUGGCACCAGUUCAGCGAGCGCUCCAUGCCAUUGAUGGCAUUUUGGGGCUGGCCUUUGCCUCUCCAGGCGUCCCACCAUUGCAUCUUUGUUGUUCCCCACUUACAAAGCAAGAGUUUGGUACCAAAAAGCACAGUUGUGAACAAGGAAGGAGUGUGAGAAAUACAGUACCAAAGAGAGUUAGAUUGCGCUCUGCUCCAAGAGGCCUCUCGCAGCAAGGAGGCAGGUGCCAGUGCCAGACAUAGCAAGGACAAGUUCCCUUCUCUAAAAGGAUUUCUGCCAUUCUCUGAGCUGGGAUAAGGGUCAGAAGCCCGCUGCUGUAGAGCUCCGCGUAACAAAGUUUGCCUUGCUCUGCUCUGCUGCCGCACCAUCCACCUGUUUCUAAAAUAAGCUGCAUUACCAGAGGUCUGUGCUAGCAGCACUGCUGCUUAAUGGAAGUAGGUUAGAGAAAAAUUGUUAACCAUUUACAGUAAUAACAGAGCACUAAAAAAGAAACCUGGGAGAGCUUUAAUAGUGCUGUUAGAACUAUGGAAUAGUGGUAAAAUAGGUUUAUUAAGCUAUUAUACUGAGAAUUACAAAAAAUAGAGAUAACAGCCAGCCAGUUAAUGAUGCAACUUUUUAUAUGAAGCUCCAUUUAAACUUCUCUUCCCAUUCCCCCCCUCCCCAAAACUCUCGUGUGCUGCUAUAGGUCUGUUGGUAAAACGCUGAACUAGGUGAGAGAAAAUAGAUGACAGCGAUAGCAGGGCUGCUGAAAGAGAAUAAAGAAAUGUAUGCUUUGAUCAAGAAGCUUUUUGUAACCUCAGAGAACUCGUUCAAUUACAGAGCUACCAGCCAGUAGACAAAGCAUAGAAGGUGGGGAAAUUCACAGAAACUGGAAAAAUACAGCAUCCAUUUGAAAUAUACCUACCGUGAAUCAGGCAAACUUUAUACAGAAAUAUGUAGAACUUGUUCCAUGUUCUGUGCAAGGGUGCAAAUGCUUUGUUUCACAGCUACUGACUCAAAGGUGUAUAUUUCAGGUGUCUGCGGCUUCCCCCUUGCUGAAUCAGUUGCUGAGCUGUUCUUGAUUUUAGUGGGAAGAGGACCAGGCUGUCGCCUCUUUCUUAAUCAGCCUUUUGCUUCUGCCUGCCUCAUUUACUACAGUCAUAGAUUAUUUGCAACAUCCUAAUCAAUAGCAUGAUAAGAAAUGCUGCGAUGCUGCAGGUUCUGGGGUGCAGAUGUCACAGAAUGACUCUGACAGAAGGGAAGGAAUCUGUUAAGGAGAGGGUUGUAUUUGUGCAGGCACAGUCUGGUGGUACGGAACGGAGUGAAACAGAGUCGCAUGGAGUUUAGAAGACAGACAUUGUUUGCCAGCAAUGGGUGAGGAUUUGAAGAAAAGCUUCUAGGAAAAUUACAGAGAAAAAGAAUAUAUAGCUAUUUUUAUAUUAUAUUUAAUAUAUAUUUGUAUAUAAAUAUGAAAAGAUUCUAGUAAGAGCUCUCCAUAUGCCUUCCAUUUCAUCUAGAAGGUUUACCUUCUGCACUGUGGUUCCAGUGUGUCGCCACUUGUGUGGGCAUCCUGCCUGCUGCCAAACACCAAAAUCAGUAACCCAGUAUCCUUACAACAGGUAGGUUUCAUUUCAGCUUUAUGUAAAAAAUUAAUUAAAAGAAAACUAUAUCAGGCAGUUUUUCAUGGAAAAAGAAAUUCUCUUAAGAUUCAAAUAGCACUUUCUAUCUUUUAUUUUAUUUUUAUUGUUUGGAGUAAUAAGAAGCACUUUACUGAAAAGACUAUUUGAAAACCAGUUUAUUUCUUUAGUCAGUGAAACUGUUAAGGGGGGGAGGGGACAUCAAGGAAUAAUGUGUAAAACUGUCAAACAGAGACAUUUCUGGAAAAUGUUUCUUUAAUACGGUGAUCCUUUGAGGCUCAAAGUGCAAGAUGAAAAAGGCUAAUAGAACUGAUUGGCUUCAUGUUUUACAUAGCGUGGGGAAAGGAUGAAGGAUUAUGGCUUCCUAGGGAGGAGACCUUUUACGUUGCACAGUCGCCUAUGAGAGAGACUCAUCUGGAGGCCCACCUGCCUGCUCAGUAAUUCUAAGUGUCCCUUAGGAUUAUAACGUGUGUGACAGUGUACCGCAGGGUUAAAGAUGUGGCCUUUUGCAGAUGUUGAAGUCAAUUCAAAAACCAUGCAUAUGUUCAGAGAAUUUAACCCGGGUAUUGUGAUGAGUGUUGUAGAUGUCACGGCAUCAGGAGAUGUUGGACGUCACAGUCAUGAAUUUCUCUAUUUGAAAUCAUUACUGAAAUUAGAUGUACAGUCAGAGGACUGGAAAAAAAUGGUUAUUUUGAUUAAAAGGAGAGAGACUAGUUUUAAUAAUUAACUUUUUAUUUUUUUACUUAUCCCUGGUGGAAAAAGUUGAAGAGUUAAAUGAAUUUGGAUUAAAAAAGACGUAUUUAAGCCAAUUACAGUAGGUGAGACAACUGUGAGCGAACAUUUGAAAUUGUGGUUGUCCUGAGACUGGAUGGUUGCUUUUUCAAUAUCAUGAUUUGUAACACUACAUUCCUUGUCUUUUUUUUUUUUUUAGCCAGGUGAUUUAAGCUCUGUUAUACUUCAUGCUGUGUCAUCUGCAUGAAUUGUGCCAGCAUGAUAUGCUCUAUUCAAAGAAAUUGUACCUAAAUAAAAAGGAGGGAAAAAAAAAACCACAAAACAAAACACUGUGUCUGAACAAAAUACUGUGUGGCCUAUACAGAGACCCUAGCUAUGACUGAGAGAUGCUGCAUUAACAGACAAUCAAUGAGUAAAUUAUUUAUGAAACACUUUCGGGAAUGGUCUUAAAGGUGUUACUGCUUUGAAAGCAGUUGGUGAGUUGUGUUUUCUAAGAAGGAAGGUAAAAACUAUUUAUUUUAAAAUACAUCAGAUUGAAUGUUGAGUUUUUAAGCAGUGUUGAUUUCACAGUGUCUCGGGUUCCAGUUUUGUUUUGUAUUUUUUGAACUGGCAUUAGCUUUGUAUUUGUUCACCAACAACCCCUAAUGCCGCUCAUAUUGAUGUCAGGAAAUGUAGAUACAGUUCCCUGGUGUUCGUGUGACCAUUACUAACUGUCAAUUUAUUUUUUUUUUUUAAUUGAAUAAAUGUAACGUUUAAAAUUUUGCUUUUUGUAGCUUCUAAGGUUCUAGAAUUUUAUUUUUUUUUCUGAGUUCCUUAAUGGCACUUCGGUAAGAGUUUCACAGUGAAGUGCUCUCAUACCCCUUCCACAGAUGUAACAAAGGCACUCUCUGCCCCCCAAUAACUGACGUGUGAAAAGUUGCUUGAUGUCAAUUUUACCUUCUCUCCCUCCCCAGAGAAAUGACUUGUGAGACUUCAGUAAAAAUGCAUACUGUACUCCUUUUUUGUCUGCUCUCUGUAUCUCUUCAUAAACUGCUGGCCCAUGCUGAUGGCCGGAGACCUUCAGCUUGUGUGGUUGCACUGCCCCUCUUACAGGCUGCUCUAAUCCUCUCACUGAGCAAAGCGGGAAUGCCAAGGGCAAUAAUUUAAUAAUGUGAAGUUAGCCAAAUGUUUAAGGGAAGGUGAGAGAGAAGGAAAUCCCACAGUUGAAGCUGAAUACCUGGAGGAAGUGAUAAAUAUUCUUCGCAGUCUGCUAUUCUCUCUUUGUAUCAUCAUCCCAGCAGACGCUCUAAUCUAAGCUACUAAUCUUUUGCCUUCGGGAAUUAAAGCAUCAUCCUUGUGCAAGUUGUGUCCCACCUGCAGUCCCUGAGCAACUCCACAUACCACAGGAAACAAAACAAGCUGCAGAAGCACCCGUUAAAAACUGCCAACACCCACCAAUAGUAAGGCUGAUAGCACGCAGUACAAUUAGCACUUUUCUUAGAUCUGAACUUUAGAAAUAUCAAUAUAUUUUUCCACAAACUUAUCAAGAAGAGCUAUAACUAUAAAUAACUACAGCAGCGCCUGAAGCAAUGCUGUUCAAUGACACUUCACUGUUGUGCAAAUUGAGAAACAAGAGCUCUGCUUACAGGAGAAUGUUAGGUAACUGGGAAGAUUAGCAAUCCAAAGGUUAGCUACCUCAGCACCCCGGGCUCAGUGUCAGCGAUACAAAUUCCAGACCUCAGCAGUCAGAGGGCAGUGGGUAACAACCAAGAACUCCAAUCUUAAGCAGUCACAGUAGCACACAGUCUUUUUCAAACCCCAUUGGCAACUCUGUUUUCACAUAGGACGUAUGUGUAAAUCAGAUCAGCUUGAGGAUAUACCUCUGUAGCACAUCACACAGAUGGGCGCAGCCAUUGCUUUGCACCUUAGCAAUAAUGUCAGCCCAAGGUUGUAGUGGCAACCUGCCAUGAGCGCUGGCUUCUGGGACACAGCAAGGUGAGCUGCAAGAAAAUGCCACGUCAGCGUCCAGUAUCAUGGAAAUACCUCAGGAUAACACUGGGUAAAUGUGGAUGAAACUGCACAGUCCUCUUCAUUCAAGAGCCCAGUUUGUUUGAUGCAAAGGAAAGCUGUACAGCAGCAGGUGGCCUUUUAGAGAGCUCUGAAUACAGCCACUUACUUAUUAACCUGCAGAUUUCCACAAGUAGCAUCUGCCUGUGGCACCUCCAAGCAGCAGCUCAUGAGACCCAGGCCUUCCUGCACUGCGCUGAGCACAGGCUGGUUUUUGAGCCAGACCUGUACUUUGGCUCACUGGGUUUCUUCUGAAAAGCUCUGUAGUGAAGAUUACAAGUUUACCUUAAUCUUUGCUUAGUGCACUUUGCCACAUGCAGUGUAAUGAGGGCUGUGAAUCAGUUAGGUACCUUGAAAAUAACGAGCACCAGUUUCCUCAUUUCAAGCAACUUCGACUGGCGAGAGGUUUUUCUCCCAUCCCUGUAGAACUGCCCAUACCAUCUAAUUCUGUUUCCAGUAUUCAAGCCUGGAAAUGAGUAGUUGUAGGUGGCUUGCACUUUUAAGUUUCCACUGCGUUCACAGCCCGAGAUGCAAAUUCUUGCUUUAGAAGCUGAUGUGGAAAUUCCCCUGGAACCAGCAGGGAAGUCUGCUGGAACUGAUAAUGCAUCCCACUUCACUAGGGUUGGAAAGUCUGUACUGGAUCAUUGCUUAUGUUCAUAUUGCUGGUACGGUGAUUUGCAGAGCCUGAUCUUCGCUGCCUAAGUAUCCACUCAUCACAUUUAACAUCCUCCAGCCACAAAAGGAAACAAAAUAGCAGAUAACCAUCAAAAGUUCCAGCUAGUUUAGUCUGUUUCUCAUUCUACCCUGCAAGGCACUCAAAGUAUUUAAAAGGAAGAGUACUAUUUAAAUUGUAUAUAUGUCCUUUCUGGAAAGCAGGACCUUGACUAGCUAAUGCAACAAGCAGCUCCUUCCCCCAAAAUACCAUUUUCUUCUGAGCAGUUACACCCCAGGACAUAAGCAUGUGUAAGCCCAGGCAGGCAUGUCCCAGCAGCACAGCAUCAAGCCCGCUCUGCCAUCUUGUAGCCAAGGUUUAUGAGAUUUUGUAAUUCCCAAUCCUGAAAAUGGCUCCUUCUCCCCACCUGAGAGUUGCUGCAGGACUGAACUAGACAAGCAUUGUAUUUCAUCCUUGUGAGCAAGCUGACAUGGCCAAAAGCAUUAAAUCACACCCAUACCUGGCUCUUCUGGCUAUUCUUCAUGCUUUUAUUUAUUUCCUGCUAACCAGUAUUCUUGUUUACAAGGCAAAAGCAAAUCAUUCUGGACAACUUUAGAACUGACCAUUAGUUACUGACUGCUUCCAUGCAACUGAGAGAAAGCCAACUUGGAUGCUGUCAUAGUACUGUCAGGUGAUUCAUUACCCUGCUUUUUCCCCAACACUCCUCAAGUGCUUAGCCACAGUUUCACAGCUUGUGCAUCUCUUUCAACAUUACAUCUCAGGUCAGUCCCAUCUGGUUACCCACCCCUCUGCUCUUCUCAGUGCUGUAACUUGCAGCCUGAACACUCCUGCAAGUUGGCGAACAACUUCCUACAUCUGUGUCUCCAAAGGGCAACAGCGAGUUAGCUGUUGAAAAGACAUCAUCAUUUUCCAUUCUCCUAUGCUCAACUCCACUGCUGAACACAUUACAACUCACUGAGUACAAUGGAGGAAAUUGGACAAAGGUGCAAUGAAUGAACCACUCAUUCAGACAGCACACACCACACAGUUCUCGCUUCAUCUCUUGGCUUAGGGAGAAAUAGAGAGGCAGUGACAGUUUAUUUUUCUAAUUAGAAAUCAGUAACUUCUUCCAAAUUCGAGGACAGAGGGGAGGAUGGGGAAAGAACAAUGGGGAAGCAGAAGGAAUUACUGCUCACUCUCCCAGCACUGCAAACAUUAGCUUAGGAUGCAGACUGCCCUAAGGGUAGGCCACCUUAGGUGCGAUAUCUGUCCAUCUAUAUACAAAUCUUAUGGCAGUAACCUGUAUCCCAGCUCUACAGGGAUUUCAAGCUGAACAGUGCCAUACCUCUUUGAAGGCAAUGCAUCAGUAGUAUGAGAAUGCAGUAAGGAAAGCUGCUAAAAUCAGAGCCACUGAACCAGCCAAUGUGCAGUUGUCUGAGCCAACAAAGCAGACAGCUAGAGGCUGGGCACUAAAAGGCUGUAUGGGAGGACACUGUUUCUGCUAGAGGCAGGGCAGCAUACAGUGCUGCUAAAAAUACAUUGGGAAUCUCCAAUCACCUUCAGCAGGCUUCUGUUAUACAAUGACUGGACUACAACAGCCUUGGGACUGUGAAAAAUUCCAACAGGCAACUCACAACAUUAAAUCUCUACAGUUAGUAGUAUCUGCUAUAGUGCCUUUUAAAACUCUUGCUAAAAUCUGAGAACCUAUCUCAUUUUAUAAUAGAUUUCCAAGCAUAAGUUAACAUUGGCUUUAAACAAUCAAAAACAGUAGGAGCAUUAUUCUAACUCAAUGAAUAUCUGCCUAUGCAUUGCCUAUUUUUAACCAGGCAGUGGUCAAAAGCAGUAGUUUGCAUCACAUAUGAGUUUGUAACAGCAGAAUGUAAAUGUGAAAGUUGCAUGGAUUUGUUCUGCAGCUUCAUAUUUACCUCUUAAAAAAAUAAAAAUAAAAAAAAAAUAGUACAUACCUUCAUUUUUUCUGUUGAUCACAAUUGUUUUAAUACCAGAACAGUUUCAAGCAGUGCACAGGAAGUUCAGAAAGUUUCUACCUUAGGACACAGCCAAUCAGUUUGGCUUUUGAUCAAGAAUUUUCAUCAGGAUGAAGGGCAGGCAGCCUGCAGCACUGUGAUUACCCAGCAUUACCUAGCACACGUGUGAGAACACGCUGUGCAGUAGCACCGCACAAAAACCAGUUUCUCAGUGAGCAGUUAAAGUUUAGGCUCUUCCCUGCUUUGGGAUCCCUGUUCUUUCUUUUUUAGUGUGACCCAGGUAAUGCACCCCUGAGGGUACAAGAUUAAACACACUACAGAGAGGGCAUUUACAGGGUGUGGAAAGAGGCUGCAGCAAUUGGUUACAAUGCUUGCUUCAAAACUGAACAAAUCAGUGCAUAACUCAGCAAUUAACAACAGUACUGCCAGCAGCGCCCUUCCUGCAGGUCAGGACAUGAACAUCUAGGCCUGGAGCUGUAAUCUGUUUUCAUACCACUCUGCAUAAAAGGAAUCCAGCGGCUGCAAUCUUUGGUGUUUGAGAACCUCAGCAUUAAGUGGUUUCUCUUGGCAGCAAAAUCCAAGAGGAGACCUCCUACCCUCUGUUCUCAAGCAACAAUUUGGACAAUCAAAUUUGUAGCACUUGAUAUUACUUUAGUUUCAGGCUCAAGUAGUAGGUAGAUGGAUGCUAUCAGAAACUCUAUCUUCUGCUUUACAGAACUGCUACUGAAUAGCUCUAAACAUCUUAUUUAAGCUAUUAGCUCAGAAUCUACUAGUUACCAAACAGCAGAGAGAACCACGUGUUUCAGUAGCCCAUAUUUUAAGCUGUCAACAUUUUCAAAGUUUUUAUAACUGGUAUUUAUAACAGUAUCCAAAAUAAAUUUAGUAAAGUUUAAAUAAAUCAUCACUUUAACCUCUGUGGCAGGAAUUAUGGAACUGCCAAAAAACAAUACUGAAAAUGACUCAAAUUGAGACACUAUGUUUUAUUAAUACUCUUCCAGAUUACAUUUCUAUUCCUAAAAAGAAAAAUAUGAACAUAUCUAAAUCUAAGGAUUCCAUUAUUGUUCAGUCCUGGGAAUAAAACACCGUUAAGUUGGACCACUUUAUUACUUUCCACGUACUUUAUAAAGUUUAGAAAGUCAAAAAAGAAAAUAAAAAAGGAAAAAAAAAGUCAAAUACUACUAGCUCCAGAUUGCA